UUAAACAUGGCAGAUCUUCCUGUGACUAUGAACUCUGAUAAAGAAUCUUCGCCGUGCAAUAAAAGUAUGCUGGCCAAAAAGUCCGUCCUCUCAGUCCAGUUUCUCUGUGAUUGUUUACUCUUUGCUAUACUAGGUAUAGCACUCCUGCUCAUCCGGUCCGUAGCGGAGCCCCACUUCCACGGGUUCUGGUGUGGCGACAAGUCUUUGAGUCUUCCUUAUAAGAAAGAUACAGUGACCACGUCACUCCUGCUGGUAACAAGUCUUGGUGGUUCAUUCUUAAUGUUUGCAAUCAACGAAAAUUUAGUGGCAGUGGUUGAGAAGGGUCCGUUCAUGGGAUUGAAGAACGUUGUUUUCAUCCAGUUCAAAACCUAUUCCAUAUUUUUCUUCGGCUUCAUUAUUGACGUCAUGUUCGUCGACGCCAUUAAAAAUACAUUUGGCAGACAAAGACCGCACUUCUUUGAUGUAUGUAAGCCAGAUGUUUCUCAAAGCAACUGUACAGAUACAAACGGACUUGACAGAUAUAUUGAAGAGUACACGUGUACCAAUAUGUUGGCUACAGAGAAACAAAUGAAGGACAUUUACAUGUCAUUCCCAUCUGGACAUAUGGCCGUGGCUACGUACAGCGCCAUCUAUAUUGUGCUGUAUCUGGAACUUCGGAUGUCCGCAACAGUUUCUUAUUUCCUACGUCCUGCAGUCCAGUCCAUUGUACUUCUGCUCUGCUUACUGUGCGGCGUGACAAGGAUCACAGACCACAAGCAUUUUCCCAGUGACGUCAUAUUUGGGGGACUCCUUGGAGGGCUUGUCGCUUGUGCUGUGUUUUACAAAAUCGCAUGGAAUGUUAUACCCAGUCCACUACCAGAGAAAAUGGCCUCUCAGUUGAUCUCUAUGGCAACAGCACAAGGAGGGGCAAUGGAUGCAACGGGAAAGUUCUCCUCACAACCAGUGGAUCCACCUUUGAUUGUGAUUAAAGAGACUCGUUCUCAGCUAACUGGUUCCUCCUUCGGGAUUGACUCUAAUAAGGUUACCACUAAGAUGUCACCCUUAUGAAUGCUAUUUAAAGUGACUCCUGUGAAGUGAUCCCUUCAAUGUGACCAUUGACCAUUAUAAAGUUACCCUUAGGAAGUGACCCUAUGAGGUUACCCUUAUGUUGUGACCCCUAUGAUUCCCUUAUGAAGCGACCACUAUUAAGGAAGAGCCACCUAUGAUGUGAAUACCGUAUGAAGUGAUCCUAUGAUGUGAAUGCCCUAUGAAGUGACCCUAUGAUGUGAAUGCCCUAUGAAGUGAUCCUAUGAUGUGAAUGGCCUAUGAAGUGACCCUAUGAUGUGAAUGGCCUAUGAAUUGACCCUAUGAUGUGAAUGGCCUAUGAAGUGACCUAUGAUGUGAAUGGCCUAUGAAGUGACCCCAUGAAGUGAACCCAGCGAAUUGAUUCAUAUGCUUGUUACGUUGUAAGACAUUAUGCUCUUGUGAAUUUCUUUAUUGCUACACCUCACUCCCGUUUUCCAAGUGAUUUGUAUCGAACUCUAAUUGAUCAUCAAUACAUGAUCUCAGGAGCCAUCAUUUGUCUAUGUUCAUUACGAUGCUUAAUGCCUCAUCCUAAGUAAGUUCCGUCCAUUCUUAUAUUUAUGCCUGACUCAUUCCGACUUAUGAUGCCAUCAUUCAGUGUUAUGUCAAACUAUUAUAUUAUUGUGCAAUAGUAUUUAGAAUGAUCAUGAUUGUAACUUAUUUUAAAAUAUAUUUCUUCAAAUAGAUGAUUGAUUAUGAAUGAAUGUUGUACAUUUUGUGUCGUUAUUAGACAUUGGAGUGUAUCGGUGUUGCAGAAAUAACGUGUACAAACAUUUUACCAGACAGAGAGACAGACAGUAAAUUGAUAAAAGCGUUCUAAACACACAUUUAUUAUGGCUAGUCUAGAUCUAUCUAUUGACUGAUUCAAAAUAAUUGAUAUAAUGUCACCUGACACAAGCCUUGUUUAAAAAUAUAGAUAUAUAUUUUGAUUUACACGUUGUAAAAGAAAGAAUGACCAAUGGACGUCAAUAAAUCGAAAUAAACAUUG